CCCAAGGGAAGUAAGUUGGUGGUGGCCGGGGAUGACAGAGACUCUCAGGCCUUGGCAGGUGCAUCUUCUGUUCACCUCACACAUUGGGUUCCUCAGGAAGGAGGGGCUGGAGCCCUGGCCCACCAUUAGGACAAUGAUGUUCAGGCUUCUCCUGGCUCUCAACUUCUUCCCCUCAAUUCAAGUAACAGAGAACAAGAUUUUGGUGAAGCAGUUGCCCAUGCUUGUGGUGGACAACUAUGCAGUCAACAUUAGCUGCAAGUAUACCUACAACCUCUUCUCAAAGGAGUUCCGGGCAUCGCUUUAUAAGGGAGUGGACAGUGCUGUGGAAGUUUGUGUUGUGAACGGGAAUUACUCCCAUCAGCUUCAGUUCCACUCAAAUACAGGAUUCAACUGUGAUGGGAAAUUGGGCAAUGAAACAGUGACAUUCUACCUCCAGAAUUUGUAUGUUAACCAAACAGAUAUUUACUUCUGUAAAAUUGAGGUCAUGUAUCCUCCUCCUUACCUAGACAAUGAGAAGAGCAAUGGAACCAUUAUCCAUGUGAAAGAGAAACAUCCUUGUCCAAAUCACCCGUCUCCAAAGUCUUCCAAGCCAUUUUGGGCACUGGUGGUGGUUGGUGGAGUCCUGGCUUUCUAUAGCUUGCUGGUAACAGUGGCCCUUUGUAUUUGCUGGAUGAGGAGUAGGAGGAGCAGGCUCCUUCAGAGUGACUACAUGAACAUGACUCCCCGGAGGCCCGGGCCCACCCGCAGGCACUACCAGCCCUACGCUCCUACCCGAGACUUCGCGGCAUACCGCUCCUGACACAGAUGCCUAUCCAGAAGCCAGCUGGCUGGCACCCCUCCACCUGCUCA